AUGAUGCUCCUUCUACUAGUAAUUAUCCUUCCUAUCAUCCUCAAUUUCCUAUAUCUAGCCAAGAAGAGUGGAAAAAAUGUUCUGCCACCAGGUCCUUUAGGGUUGCCAUUAAUUGGAAAUUUGCAUCAAUUUGAUAGUUUAACCCCCCAUAUUUAUUUUUGGAAUCUAUCCAAGAAAUAUGGAAAAAUAUUUUCAUUGAAACUUGGUUCUGCUACCGUGGUUGUAGUUUCUUCAUCAGAAUUAGCAAAAGAGGUAACAAAAAUACAAGAUUUAGCAUUUUGCAGUAGACCUUCUAUUCUAGGGCAACAAAAAUUGUCUUAUAAUGGUCGUGAUAUUGGCUUUGCACCUUAUAGUGAUUAUUGGAGAGAAAUGAGAAAAAUAUGUGUUCUUCAUUUAUUUAGUCUCAAGAAAGUGACAUCUUUUAGUCCAAUUCGUAAAGAUGAAGUCUCAAGAAUGAUCGAGAAAAUAUCUCAACAAGCUGCCACUUCACAAAUAGCCAAUUUGAGCACUAUAUUGAUUUCACUAACUAGUACUAUUAUUUGUAGAAUUGCUUUUGGUGUUAGGUAUGAUGAAGAAGCACAUGAAAGGAGGAGAUUUGAUGAACUUUUAGCAGUGACCGAAGAAAUGCUGGCAGGCAGCUUUUUUGUCUCUGAUUAUUUUCCUAACUUAGGAUGGCUUGAUAAACUCUUUGGAAAUAUAAACAGACUUGAGAAGAAUUUUAAGGAUCUGGAUGAGUUUUACGAAGAACUUAUCAAGCAACAUCUUAACCCCAAUAGGCCAAAAUCCAUGGAUGGAGAUAUUCUUGAUCUUUUGCUCCAGUUGAAGAAAGAGCAAUCGACACCAAUUGAUCUCACUUUGGAAAAUAUAAAGGCAACUCUCAUGAAUAUACUAGUUGGUGGAACAGACACUAGCGCGUGUACAGUAGUUUGGGCAAUGACAGCCUUGAUGAGGAACACAAAAGCAAUGAAGAAAGUUCAAGAAGAAAUUAGAAACUUUGUUGGGAAUAAUAAAGGCAUGGUUAAUGAAGAUGAUAUUCAAAAUCUUCCAUAUUUCAAAGCAGUAAUAAAGGAGACAUUUAGAUUAUACCCACCAAUUCCAUUGCUAUUAGCAAGAGAAACAAUGCAGAAAUCCAUACUACAAGGGUAUGAAAUUCAACCAAAAACUAUAAUAUAUGUUAGUCCUUGGGCUAUUGCAAGGGAUCCUAAAAUAUGGGACAAUCCAGAAGAAUUUAUUCCUGAGAGAUUCUUGAAUAGUGCUAUUGAUUUUAAAGGUCAAGAUUUUGAGUUGAUUCCAUUUGGAGCAGGCAGGAGAAGCUGCCCAGCUAUAGUACUUGGUGCUGCAACGGUGGAGAUUGUACUUUCCAAUCUUCUUUAUGCAUUUGAUUGGGAGUUGCCUUGUGGGAUAAAGAUUGAAGAUAUUGAUACUGAUGUUUUACCUGGACUUACUAUGCAUAAGAAAAAUGCUCUUUGCCUUGUUCCUAGAAAUUAUGCGUAGAAGUUCUAUGAAGACCAAACUUCAGUAUUUAAGUUAUUUUAUCUAUAUUUCAUAUGGUUGUACAAUUUUAUGCUCUGCCCUUUUCUAUUGUAAAACUUGUAAUUUUGUACAUUCAAUAAACUUGAAAAGCUUCUGUUA